AUGUUCCUGCCACAGGCGAGGAGUUUGCUGCGUCUCCUGUCGUCCUGCAAGGUGAACGCCAAAGUCGCUUGGGUGCUGCAGGAAAGCCCGACGCUCGUCGCGGCAGUGCUCUGCUGGUGCUGGGGCAGCGAGGCCUGCACCAGCAGUUUGGGCAAUGUGGCGGUGCUGAUGUGCUUUGUCAUACAUUAUGUGAAUCGUUCCUUUAUUUACCCCUUGCGAAUGAAGGGCUCAAAACCCUUUCCCUUGCCAGUGAUGCUGAUGGCUGCUACAUUUUGCGCGGCCAACGGCUACGUCCAGUGCCGUAGCCUGACAAGAUACCUGAUGAUUCCCAUGAGCUGGACGACCUGUGCUGGGCUUGCCACCUGGGCGGCCGGCUUGUACAUCAAUGUAGAUGCAGAUCAUCGAUUGAGAAAUUUAAGGGCACCAGGAGAGACCGGGUACAAGAUACCUCGCGGCGGAUUGUUUGAUUAUGUCUCAGGUGCGAACUUCUUCGGCGAGAUUGUGGAGUGGGUUGGCUUCGCAAUCGCUAUGGGUGGCGCCCUGCCCGGCGUCACCUUUGCCUUUUGCACAGCUUGCAACAUCGGGCCUCGGGCUGUGACCCAUCACCACUGGUACGUGGAGAAGUUCAAGGAUGAGUACCCAAAGGACCGCAGGGCAUUGGUGCCAUUCCUGCUCUGA